AUGGCCGACCCCUUCGAAGUGCGCAUGCGCUUCACAUCUCAGCUCCAGCACCUCAACGCCAGCACCUCGUCCGCCCUCAAAGCCGCCAACUACGCCCUUCGCUACCACGAAUUCAGCGACGACCUCCACUCUUGCAUACUCGAACAGCUCGAGCGCAACAACAUGAACAACCGCGCGAACAUAAUGUACUUCUUGCCUGCACUCUGUGACACCGCAAAAUCCCAAGGCGACCUUCAAUACGUGCGCAUGAUGGAGCGGGACAUUUUGCGAAUCAUUGAUCUCGUUGCGCCGGAUGAUGGAAGCGGCGCGGCGAACGUGAAAGUCGUGAGGAAGGUGCUGCAGCAGUUGCAAGGAAAGAGCUUUUUGCAGCCGCAGACCGUGACGGAGCUGGAGGAGUGCAUUGCGGGGAGGGACAACGUACCCGGCGGACAGUCAAGUCCGACAAAAGAUGCAGCUAUGCCGGAUGCUGUGAGGAAAACGCCAAUCUCGGCUGGCCGAGACUCGGGAAUGUUCUACAAUACGGGUGUCAGACUUGAUAAGAGACAGAUCGAGCAGCGCAUUGAGGAGGAUCGGGAGCGCCACAAGAGGGCUAGGGAGGGCAUGUGGGCAGUGCAGCAGAAUGAUCAGAACUUGGCGCAAGAUGUGGAGUUCGAGAGGACGUUUGAUGCUGGGAGUGACGUGGAUACGGACGAUUAUCGAGAGGCUAAGGAGGAGGCGGAGGAGAGGAGGAAGCAUUUGGAGUUUGAUGAUUAUUGA